GCCUCUCUCUGAGCUAGGGGCGGGGGGAGGAGGAGGCACAGCCGCAUCCGCCCUACGAUCGAUGAAUCUGGAGCGGCUGCUCUUCUCUGGGGAGAGGGUGGAAGUUCUAGUCUCUCAGCCUAGACUUAUCGCUCGCUGAGCUGCUCGCCAGUCAGAAGCUCGCGCCGGAGUUGGGGGAAGGAAGAUGUUUCGCAACCAGUAUGACAAUGAUGUCACUGUCUGGAGCCCUCAGGGCCGAAUUCAUCAAAUAGAAUAUGCUAUGGAAGCUGUGAAGCAAGGCUCAGCUACUGUGGGGCUGAAAUCAAAAACCCAUGCUGUUCUGGUUGCUCUAAAGAGAGCACAGUCUGAACUGGCAGCUCAUCAGAAAAAAAUCCUGUAUGUUGACAACCAUAUUGGCAUCUCAAUUGCUGGGCUUACUGCUGAUGCAAGACUGUUGUGUAAUUUCAUGCGUCAGGAGUGUCUGGAUUCUAGAUUUGUGUUUGACAGACCUCUUCCAGUGUCCCGUCUAGUGUCUCUAAUUGGAAGCAAAACCCAGAUACCAACACAGCGAUAUGGCAGAAGACCAUAUGGUGUAGGACUGCUCAUUGCGGGUUAUGAUGAUAUGGGUCCUCACAUCUUCCAAACUUGUCCUUCUGCAAACUAUUUUGACUGCAAAGCUAUGUCCAUUGGUGCUCGUUCACAGUCAGCUCGAACUUAUUUGGAGAGGCGCAUGGCUGAGUUUGCUGACUGUAACCUGAAUGAGCUAGUUAAACAUGGUCUGCGGGCUCUCAGAGAGACCCUUCCUGCAGAACAGGAUCUGACGACCAAGAAUGUUUCCAUUGGAAUUGUUGGCAAAGAAAUGGAGUUUACUAUCUAUGAUGAUGAUGAUGUGGCUCCAUUCCUGGAGGGACUUGAAGAGAGACCACAGAGGAAGCUUGCUCCACCUGCUGAGGAACCUGCAGAAAAGGCAGAAGAACCAAUGGAGCACUAAUAUUUGUGGAUAAGCCCAUGUGUUAACCUAUAUAUAACAAUAUAGGAAUGUUCAUCCAUUAAUCUUCACCCUGAACCAAAUGCAUAUUAUAGUAAUACAUGAUGGGGAAUUAGUCCUAGAGUAUUUUCAGAUAUCCCUAAACUGACAUCAAAGUCGUCAUACUUGGGCACCUUUUCUUUGAAAGGAAAGGUAAAAUCACUUUUUUUUUUUUUUUUUUUAAAGAACCAGAAUACUAUCUGUUUUGUAUGAAGAGCAGAUUGUCUUUUAAGGGCAUCUGGAAUAAAUUUUUUCUUUCUUGAAACUUACUAUAUGGAUUUGUUUUUAAUCUGUUACACAAAAGAAUAAUUGGUCUAAUUACUCACAUUCUCUCUUCAUAUAUAUUUUCAAGGCACACAUCAGACUGGUGUCUAGGUACCAAUAGAUAUUUGACCAUUUGUUAUAUUAGCUACAAAAAUAGUAGCUGAUCAGUGGGCUUCAUCACUUUUUUUUUUUAAUGAAUUUAGUGCUCUUGAAAGGUGCUGAAUUGACAAAUGGAAAUGAAGGUCUAUUUAUCUUGAGAAUAGAUCCAGAAGCACAAGCUUCUCUGCAUCUUAUCAAUGUCUCAACCUUGACCUGAAAGUCUAGUAAUGAGGGUUGUUCACUACUCUGUGCUGUCAGUUCUUGGCAUUUCUGGUGAGGCCUCCAUUCAAUGUUCUCCGUUUUUAUUGAUGGUAGUUUUAAUGGUGUUGGAUCCCUGCUCAUUUAGAAAUGAACUGAGUCAAUAAAUUCAUUUCACAAGAGCCACUAAACAAUCAUCAGGUGGGUAGGGACUUUCAGAGCACUAACUGGGCUAAAAUGAACUGAUGAAGGAAACAGGCCAUCUCUUAUACCAAAUAAAUGGUGAGUUGUGGGAUUGGGAUGAGAGACAUUACCAGCCCCCAAAGCCAUCCUGGCUGUGUUGCGACUUACUAAGCAUGUGCAUUUUAUGGAUCUCAGUCUGCAGCACAUGACAGUCAGUGUUUAGCCACAGUUUGGAUUUAAGUUGAAUGCCAUAGAAUCUAAAUUAUCUUUAAAUAACAAGACUUUCCAUGCCACUGUUAUACAGAUCAGCUUAUCUCAAGUUUCUCAUUGAGGUUCCAUAAAUCAUAUCAACAUUAGGCAUUUUAUUUGAUUGAUUAAUAUUAAUUUGAUAAAGUAACAUUAAAACAGUUUGCAAUUUCUAA